AUGGCACCUGCACAUACAUUUCCAGUUGAUCUCAAGCUCUUCAAACAAUUGAAGCUUGAUUCAAAGAAUCCCACUCUUACAGCUGAGCAGAAGAAAGAUCUUUUAUACAACAUCGACAUCUUCCGCGAUGCCAUAAUUGCCUUCACUGCAACUGGUGCCGCUCGUGGUGUCGCCGGUCACACUGGCGGUCCCUUCGACACUGCCCCAGAAGUAUGCAUCCUGCUUGCUUUGAUCAAUGGUAACCCCAAUGACUUUGUCAACACUUUAUUUGAUGAAGCCGGCCACCGUGUCGCUACCCAGUACUUGCUGGCUGCACUAGACGGCAAGAUUGAUCCCGACCACCUCCUGAACUACCGUGAUGCCAACUCAAAGUUACCCGGCCACCCUGAGCUUGGUCUGACUCCUGGAAUCAAGUUCAGCUCCGGUCGUCUGGGUCACAUGUGGGGAAUGGUCAAUGGUAUUUCCAUGGCCAACCAGGAUAAAAAUGUUAUAUUGCUUGGCUCGGACGGAUCCCAGCAGGAGGGAAAUGAUGCCGAGGCGGCGCGUAUUGCUGUGGCUCGUAAUCUCAACGUCAAGCUCUUCAUUGACAACAACGAUGUUACUAUCGCCGGUCAUCCAUCUGAAUACCUGAAAGGUUAUGAGAUUGGAAAGACCCUGGCAGGCCACGGCCUCCACGUAGUUCGCGCCCAGGGAGAGGAUGUAGAUUCUCUCUAUGGAGCCGUUCGCGAGGUUAUCAACCACAAGGGCCCAGCAGCUGUCAUCGUCGACCGCAAGAUGGCCCCAGGUAUUGAGGGUAACGAGGGCCAGACUCAUGCUCAUGACGUCGUUAGCGUCGAUAUCGCUCGCAAGUAUCUUACCAAGCGUGGAUACAGCAAAGAGCAGCUUGCAUUCUACGAUGACAUCAAAGCUCGCUCCAACCCUCACACAUACCUUGGAUCGACCAAAGACAAGGGUGCAUGCCGUGUCAUCUUCGGUGAGGCAGUGAACACCCUUCUCGACGGCCUGGGUAAGAAGGAGGCUGCGCGCCGCGUUAUGGUUAUCGACUCUGAUCUUGCGGGAUCUACCGGUCUUAAAGCCAUUGGCGCUGAGCACCCAGAGUCCUUUGUUCCGUCGGGAGUCAUGGAGCGUGGCAACUUCUCCGCGGCGGCGGGCUUCGGGUUUGGCAGCAAUGGUGAGCGCCAAGGUGUGUUCUCCACCUUCUCCGCAUUCCUAGAAAUGUGCAUCUCGGAAAUCACUAUGGCGCGUCUGAACAAUUGCUGUGUUCUCUCUCAUUUCUCGCACAGUGGUGUUGAUGAGAUGGCUGAUAACACAUGCCACUUCGGCCUAAACCACUUCUUCGCCGAUAACGGUCUAAUGGAUGCUGAUACUACGUCUUUGUACUUCCCUGCCGAUGGCGAGCAGAUGAAGGCUGUUGUGAGCAAGGUAUUUUGGGAUACUGGCUUGCGUUUCAUCUUCUCUACUCGCGCCAAGGUACCUUAUAUCCUGAAGGAGGGCACUGAUCAGAAGCUCUUUGGCGAAGGCUACAAGUUCGUUCCUGGUAAGGAUGAGGUCAUCCGCAAGGGCACUGCUGGCUACAUUGUCUCGUACGGCGAUAUGCUCUACCGGUCUCUUGACGCCGUCGAGAAUCUUCGUAAGGAGGGUCUUGAUGUCGGUCUGAUCAACAAGCCUACUCUGAACGUUGUCGACGAGGAAGCCAUUCGUGACUAUGGCUCUACUCCCUUCGUGCUCGUUGUAGAGUCCAUUGCUCAGAAGACUGGUCUAGGUUCUCGCAUCGGUACUCACCUACUAGAGCGCAAGCUGACCCCCAAGUUCAAGGCAAUUGGUGCCGUCAAGGAGGGUUGUGGAGGUCUGUACGAACAAGUUAAUUUCCAAGGCCUUUCUCCCGACGAGAUCAUCGCAGCCGUCAAGGAAGUUGCAGGAAAGUAA